AUGGCGGCGCUGAGGCCUGAGUCCCUCCUCAUCCUCCUCCUGCCGCUGUUGCCGCCGCCCGCCAGCGCGGAGCCCGCGUCCCCGCCGGAGCCGCCCGCUGCCGCCCGAGUGCCGCACAGACCGGCCCCAUUGACAGACGUUGCCAAGCUGUGUGUCUGCGAUCUGUUGGUGGCGCAGUGUGAUGUGAACUGCUGCUGUGACCCCGACUGCAGUGCCGCCGAGUUCAGUCUCUUUACCACAUGUUCAGUUCCUAUUGUCACAGGUGACAGCCGUCUUUGCAGUCAGAAAGCUGCUAUAUAUUCACUUAAUGUCGAAGCAAAUCCACCAGAAAGGAUAUUUAAAUUAAUUGACCACAUCAAUCCCAGUAUUUUCUGCAUUCAUACUGCAAACUAUAAACAAGCCCUCUCCUUCAUUUCUCCUGAAACGCCAACUUCUGAAAAUUUUGAUCAAUUGCUUAAACAGUUUGGAAGUGCCACUUUCAGUACUGAGUUUGAAAGCUGGAGUAUAAACCCAGAUUCACAAAUUUCUUCUGAUGCAAAUGGAACGUACAGAUACAAGUAUGGCGUUCCUAUACAGACAGUGGAUGCAUUUGUGAGACUGCCUAGUCCUGUUGUCUCUUCCUGGUGUUCCGAUGCUAAUCCUGCAGGUUUUUUAGUAAACCAGGCUACAAAAUGCAGUAGAUUAGUAAGUGUGGAAACAUGUAGCACCAUUCAAGCAGUUAGUAUGUUGUUCUACAUUAACUCCAGUAUUUUAGCAGUACCUAAGUCAAGUCAGAUGGUUAAUAUUACUGUCCAGGCCAUAGUUGUUCAGUCUGUGAAUGGAAUACGGACCUUACUUGACAGUAAUGAGGUCCUGAGGCUCCCUGCAGUUCUGGAUGAGCUGUGCAUAAACAUAGUUCUUGGGGUGAGUUACCAUAUUACAUACACAGAAGCGGGAGAAAUAACAGGAGCAGCUGCUUCUUUUGUCUUGGGGGCAAUUACCAAAGAAACGCUUUCAAUACAGCAGAGCUUCGAAAUCAGCUUUACUCAGGUAAAUACAAAGCCAGCUCCUCUCAGCGGCAACCCUGGUUAUGUGGUUGGACUGCCUGUAAGAGCAGGCUUCAGGCCGCAUGGAUCUGGCAUCAUUCAAAAUACUGACAAAUAUGGUCAAUUUACCAUUCUGCAAAGUACCUCCAACCAAGACUGCCUGGCAGCAGCGGGAGCCAGAACCCCUGUAUUAUUUGGUUAUAACAUGAUAUCAGGCUGUAAGUUAAGAAUCACUGCAGCUAUGGACUGCCAACUCCUGGCUCAGACGCUCCUAGAUCUACUGAAGGGACAAAACUUUCCUGAAUACGUGGCCUCAUUUGGUAAUUCUCGAGCCCAGGAUGUGCUUGACUGGGUGCCGAUAACUCAUCUGCACGUCUCUGACCAGAGCUCAUGCCAAAUACCAGUAUCACUUGAAAUAGAAGUGCAGUGGACUAAGUAUGGCUCCCUAGUCAAUCCCCAAGCCAGAAUAGUGAAUGUUACAGCAACUGUCACUACUACCACAUUUAACCAGCUGCCCUCCGGAAGAGAAAGGACUGUUCCUAUAAUGAGUUCUGUUGUUUUCACUGACAUUUCUUCGCCUGCAGAGCCAGGCUAUAAGGCUCGGCCUACCAUUAACGUCAAGCUACCCUUUGAUUUUUUCUUUCCGUUUGUCUAAGAUUUAACAGUUACGUGAUGCUUACAGAAGAGCUCAAUGACCAUUCCAGCUGGCUCUGACUGAAAGUGAUUGGAGAAGCUUCCUACAGCCGACACASUUUAAGGUUCCCCGUUCAGUGAAACUUACUCUUCAACUAAAAAUACGUUCACCACRGAGACCUAGUACCUGAAAAAGUUGGCAUUGUGUUCAAACACCAGCCUGCUCCUUUAGAAUAUGCUGUCAAAGGGUUUUUCUGGAAUCUUGACUAUUCCCAGCAGUCCACUCACCUACAUCUGUUCUUACAAACCCCGGUUCUUUUAAUGCGUUGAUUUAUGAGCUAUGAAAGCAAUGGAAAAUUUGUACUGCAGCAGGCUGCAAAUGAGCACUUACAUGGAAGACGACAGGAGAGAAAAUAGCAUCAGAAUUCAAAUCUGCUGGUGCGGCCCCAGGCAGGGUUUGACGUAAGGCACCUCUCAUUUGCCUGUCUUUUGGUGCCAGUUUGUCAGCUAAAGGAGUGGUGUUGAUAUUUUUGGAAGGGAACGUUUUAUAAAUAACGAGGUAGCACAAGCAGCAACAGAAAUGAGGAAACUACUAACAAUGAGAAAAGAAUGGUUAGCAAAAAAGAGAUGUAGCAACAAUGAACAGUCAUUGUGGAGAAGAAAUGGCCUUUUUGGCCUGGAUCCUUAUCGUUUGCGCUGCAAGAUGCUACAAGAUGUUGCUAACACAUAACACAUGGCAGAAAACUGCAAUUCUUUCAAAAAAGUGGUACUUCCUGGAUGUAUAGCUUACAAAAUGCAUCUU